CCCUUAAGAACCUAGAUGGAGGGAGACGGCGGAGCCUGCGGAAGGCGGCGGCAGCGGCUGCGGCGGCAUCUGCGAGCCAAGGCCCAGGCAGGGUAUGGUGGCGCCGACGGCCUUGUAAGAGCGAAGUUACCGCUGGGCCCGCCAUGUGCCGGCGGCCCUGACAUGGGCGCCAGCGGCUCCAAAGCUCGGGGCCUGUGGCCCUUCACCUCGGCGGCGGGGGGCGGCGGCCCAGAGGCGGCGGUCGCUGAGCAAGCUUUGGUGCGACCGCGAGGCCGAGUCGUGCCUCCCUUCGUAUUCACGCGCCGCGGCUCCAUGUUCUAUGACGAGGAUGGGGAUCUGGCUCACGAAUUCUAUGAGGAGACAAUCGUCACCAAGAACGGGCAGAAGCGGGCCAAGCUGAGGCGGGUGCAUAAGAACCUGAUUCCUCAGGGCACCGUGAAGUUGGAUCCCCCCCGCAUCCACGUGGAUUUCCCUGUGAUCCUCUAUGAGGUGUGAGCCUGGGGGGUGGCAGGCAUAAACACCCCCUGCCCCAGCAAGACACCCCCAGGCUCAAGGUGUGGCUUCUAUUGAGGAACCUAGGCUGGGGCCACAACCGUGAAUAAACUCCACUGGCCUGGAA